UUCCAAUUCCAGACGGCAAGAUGAUUUGGACUGGCCAAGGCCAACGAAGGCUUCUUUCGGGCUCAAUUUUGAUCAUGCAGUUCUAUGUGCUCAUGAUGGGUCCUAUAAGCACAUGUGAAGCACAUGUCCUCAGAUCCACAGAGAAUCAUCCGAUGAAGAGGGAUGUUGCAGACGAUCCCAGCCAAGCCUCCUCGCAUCUUCAAUUUCCAUCAUUCAAAAUAACAAACAUCAUUCACCGCAGAUCACCACUCAAAGGCCGUGUAAGAUCGCCCUGUGAAUCUAGUGAACGAGUCAUAAGUAUCGGAAACGGAAGGACCUCUUGUAGACCAAAGCAUGAUUGCAAUGGCCCCAAUUGUCCCAAUUAGAUAUCUGCUUUCCCUUGGCUCAUAUAAUUCAUUUUAGCUUAUACCUCAG